AUGACACAAAAACGCAUCGAACAAUGGGAAAUCGACCGGUACUGGGAGAUCUUCUCCUCCCUCGGCAACGGCGGCACCCACCUCGACGGCAACCAAGCAGCCUCCGUGCUCAAGAACUCGCGCCUCCGCGACGACCAAUUGGAACGGAUAUGGGACCUCUCGGACGUCGACGGCGAUGGUCGUCUGGAUUUCGAGGAGUUCUGUGUAGCGAUGCGAUUGAUCUACGACCUCAUGAACGGCGAGUACAUGGAUGUCCCGCAGACAUUACCGGAUUGGUUGGUACCGGAGAGUAAAGCAUAUCUGGUUCAAGCGUCGCGGGCGGUACGAGGUGGAGGAGAGAGGUUCGAACGACCGGAUGAGGAUGAGGAUGAGGAUGAGGGGUUGGGUUUGCGGGACGGCUUCGAUUGGUACAUGUCCCCCUCCGACCGGAACAAAUACAGCGACAUCUACACCGCGAACCGGGACUCCCGCUCUGGACUGAUCACCUUCUCCGCCCUGCAAGAAUUAUACGAAAGUCUAGACGUCCCCGACACCGACGUCCGCUCCGCCUGGAACCUCGUGAACCCGAAAAGCGGCGAAGGGAUAAAUAAAGAUGCCUGUCUCGCCUUCCUCCACAUCCUCAACAACCGCCACGAAGGCUACCGUAUCCCGCGCUCCGUCCCCCCGAGCUUACGAGCGACCUUCGAGCAAGGGAAGAUAGAAUAUAACAUCGACCGCGUCGCCUCGCAGCAGCAGCAGAAACAGAAUGCCGCAGACCGCUGGGGAACGAAACGAGAUGACGAUACCGUCUCAGGCCGGAAAGCCAAAUUUGGCGAUACAUACUUGAGCAGACUGGGUGUCGGGGCCGAGAAGAAAGCUCCGCGCGGCACGGACUUUAGUUCCGCGCCCCGAGAUGGGGAGUGGGAGGAAGUCCGACUGAAAAAACAACUCAAAGACCUCGAGGACAAAAUGGCGAAAGUAGAGGGCGCAGCACAGCGGAAACGGGAAAGGGGGGGACGGAGAGAGGAUAGUCGGCCCGCGCUGGUGAAGAGGGAGUUGGAGCAGUUGUUGGAUUUCAAGAGGAGGGAGUUGAGGGGGCUUGAGGAGGAUGGGGACGGGAAGGGGAAGAAGGGGGGUGGGUUAGGACAGUUUCAGGAGGAUAUCGAGGUCGUGAGGGAGCAGGUUGAGGGGUUGCAGGGGCAUUUGAGGAAGAGGGAGGAUGUGCUGGCGGGGCUGAGGGAGCAGGUUGAGGCGGAGAAAGCGGGGCCCCUUCGUCCCAAGGCACCUGGUGUGCUCGACUACAACAGCCCCCCGAUUGCGAAGUAA